AGAUGUGUAUUAGAAGACUUUCAUCUUUAAGUGUGAGAAAAUCUUGGACAGUAAAAUUACCCAAACGGUUAGAGGGAGGAAGAAUAGAAAAGUGGGGUAAUUACUGGAUGGGAGUUGCACAGGACUAUAAAGAAGUUUCUGUCGAUAUAGCAAAGUCCUGUAGAGAAAGACCAAUCAAAGCGUCAUUUUAUUUAUCUCUUAUUGGAGGCUGUAUAUAUGCCUGCAAAACAAAUCCUGAUGAAAGAGAUUUCCAAGAUAAAUUGCGGAGGUAUAUUAAUGAUUCUGCGAUGUUGAGUGAAAAAAUAAGAAAUUCAGAGGUGGAUGAUCAUUUUCGUUACUUAGCAGAUUGUUACAUUCAUGGUUUAGUUCGAAGGUUGAGCUUGGGAAUUGUGUCUCUCAUGUGGGUGGACAACUAUUCAAAAGUAUGUGGAGUAUUCAAGAGCCGAUGUGAAUAUCUUCAGCCAAGAUACUUGACGUUCCAUGAACGUGUAGUUGACAUAGGUUUCCUGGGGAAUUGGUGGAUACUAGAAAAGAAGAUGGAGGAAUUUGAUAUUAAUCCUGAUGAAUGGAAGGAAAGUGAUGCUAAAAAAGAAUAG